CCCGGGCACGCCUCCACCGCCGCCUCCCCCCCGCUCCGCCGCCUUCCUUGUCCCCGCUGCCCUGGCUCCCUUCCCGCAGCCCUCGCGUGCUGCCCUAGGGGGACCCAGCCCCAGCGCCUUCCUCCUGCCUUUGUCUCGGGCCCGGCGGGGUGUUCCCGGCCCUGGGAGCCCACCCUGAAACCAGGCAUCGCUGUACGCACACACAUGCGUGCCCGAAAGGGAGUAACUGCCUUUCCAGCUUCUCUUCAGAUUUGUUCGUCUUAUGUCUGCUUCCUCCUAAGCAGUGCUAGAACCUCUUUCCUUUCUCCUCUGUUAGCUCAACUGUUAGAAAAUGCCUUGCUCUGAAGCAGUCGGUAUGUAUUUUGCAGAGUUACUACCUCCAUCUGAAUGUGGUUCUGGAAUGUGUAAGCUGAUGCUCCAGCAAGAAUUGGAUCAGGUUUCAAGCACCUUAUUUGUAAAGCAGGCCGGGAGUUUGUCACAAACUCAAAAGCAGCAUUUUUUGUGAAUGACAUAGUACUGUGCUUCCUGUGCUACUAUUCCAACAAACAACAAACCACGCAGCUCCCGCUUUUUUCAUACUGCAUUAUUCUACAAAUAGCCCUUGUCUCCUUGACAACUUCUUUCCUGCAGCUGUUUCAAACAACAGUUAAGAAUUUGGCACAGUAAGUUUGGGCUUGUGAGGUAGCAGCAGCAGAAGGGAGAUGAUAGGAUACAGCCAGUCCAGGUAUUGUCUCUUGGACAGAGGCAAAUCCUGCAUGAAGGUAGGGGGGGACUUGGAACACCUUGCAUCCAGAGCAGCAGCAGCCCUGCUUGCAUGUAGCAGGAGGUUUUAUAUAACAGCGGAUACCUUUUUGAGUACAUUAAUAUGUAAAUCAAUAGAGAAGCACACUUAGCAUUUUAAUUAAUGAGAUUUUAAGGUUAGCUUUCUCUUGAGAUGAGUACUUGUUGGAGAUGGUGCAGAAAAGUUGGGGGGAGGUUGUUUAUUUGCAGGGUUUUAAUUGAAUUUAAUGGUGGCUGUUAAGAUUAAAAAAUUACUAAGAAGUUAGGUUCUGAGGCACACUUAUUGGACAGGGAAGAGAAUCUGAAGAAACAGUUCCUAUGAUGGACAAAUUCUUCAGUACAUGUGUGCUAACAGAGAUCUCUGUGGUUUAUUGCUGUAGGCAAGAACCUGGAUUCACAUGCAUCAAGUCUUACACACUGAUACAUUGAAUGGGAGAACAGUGUCCUUUUUUAGUGUGCUAACAGGUCACGGGCUGGACUGAUCCACCAGCAUCCCCAGUGUCCUUUCAUUUGUGGAUGUCAUAAUGGUUUUUCUCCUGGUGUUCUCAAGUGUCUCCUCCCAUAUCAGUCUACUAUUCCAGGAGGCAAAUAGCCGUACUCUCUUCCUCUAAAACUGUCUAAUAUCCAAAAUAGCACCAGAAAAUCUCUUCGUUUAUUGUUCUCAUGACUGCGUCAUCUCUACCUAUGGUGCUGCCCUAACUAUUACUGUAUGGACUCUUGCUCAGUAGCAUGGGAGAAGAGGAAGGACUACAUCAAGCACAAUUACUGAGGUUAAGCAUGCCAGUAGAAACUCAGGAGGAGCGAGGAGAAACUGCCUCUGCAGUAGGUGAAAUACAGCUGUUGAGAUGGUCGCUUCUGUGCGAAGCAGCGGCUCCUGACUUCCAUCAAGUUUGGAAUUUAAUGGGAACCAGGAGCUGGGAGCCCCUGCCUCUCUCAGGUGCCUCUCUGCGAAGCCAUGGCUCAUGGACCUGCUCACUCCUGGUUCCCGAGUGUCGUCUUUGGGACCCAGUCCAUAUGUUCCUGACCCCUGUUGUACCACAAUGGCCAUUCUAUAACCUGGACACAAUGUUUGUGCGAGGACUAAAAAGAAAAUGUUUUGAUGGCGAAGAAGAUAUUGAAGGAACUCUGGCUGGUAUUAAGGCUAUUCCUUCAUAUAAUCUUCAGCGACAGUCACUUUUAGAUAUGUCCUUGGUUAAACUCCAGCUGUGUCACAUGCUGGUCGAACCUAACCUUUGUCGUUCGGUACUUAUAGCCAACACGGUACGCCAGAUCCAAGAGGAGAUGACCCAAGAUGGGACUUGGCAGAUGAUAAAUACACAGAGUACAGGCCAGGCAUCCGUGGAUCGUCUUGUUUCAACUGAUAUCCUCUGUCGCUCAUCUAGGGAGCAAGCUGAGGGAAAGCAUGUUCCAGGUUACAGUACUUUCAGUAAAGACUUUGAGGGUGACCAGGCACAAGAUAGUUCAGAAACUAUGUCAACAGCCUCUUCAGUGCAAGCUCUAAGAAACCUGCAAAGUAAUGUGUGGGAAAUGGAGAAUCCACAAGAAAAUAAAGGAAAUUUUCAAAAAUCGUUAGAUCAAAUAUUUGAGACACUGGAGAACAAAAGUCCAAAUUCAGUUGAAGACCUGUUUUCGGAAGUUGACAAUUCUUACUAUGAUCUUGAUACUAUGUUAACAGGCAUGAUGAGCAACACAAAAAUGGGACACUGUGAUGGGCUAGAACCAUUUCCUUCUCCAGCAACUACAACUUCUAGCUCUAAUUGUAAAUCUGAUCUUAACGAGCUUGAUCAUAUUGUAGAAAUCCUUGUUGAAUCUUGAAACUCCUUGUGUAGGAGAUAAAGAUCUGUUAAUGGAAAAAAGACUCAAGAAAGCUAUUUCCACAGUUUGUUCUAUCAAAUCUGCACAUGUAUUUUACAAAUAUCUAUAUAUUAUAUAGAUAUAUAUAUUAAAAAAGCACUUCAUAUUGCAACAUAGUGUUAACUCCUGAAGUUAACCUGCAACUUGUAGUGUAAUGAUCCAAUCUCUUGUCCACUGAACUGUAAGUACAUACGGCAAAUGUUUUUAAGUAUGUGGUCCAAGGCUUUCAAAUUUGGAUUACUUCUACCAAUUUGUUUUAGCCUUUGACAGAGGAUGUGCUUAGUGAGAGGGAUUCUCUCAUCAUUCUUUUUUCUUAUCCUUCUCCCAGUGAAAAUGGUAAUGAACACAGUGGGAAUUUGGAUAUCUGGCUUCCCAUUUUCCUCCAGUUUCCGCUUUGUUACACCACAUAACUCCUAUAAUAUCUGCUGCUUCUGUUCUAAGUCGCUACAUGGCUCUUAAAGAGCAGUAUGCAAUAGUUCCCAUUAUUCUAGCUAGCUUAUUCUGGUUUUUGCUACAUUUUUUAACUUUAAAAAUAGUUUUAAAGUGUUUAUUGGUGUUUAGAAUUUUCCAGGUAUUUUCCUAAAAUAUAUUUUUACUACAGAUGUUGUGUCAGCUGCUAACUAGCAACUUUUGAUCAUAUCUGCAGUUGAUGUAUUUUUUGAAAGGUUUUCAAAAAGGGAUGUUUUUUUACUGUGAGCUACCCAAUGUAGUUCAGUAAAGUGUAUGUAAAUGUAAAUAUACGAUUUUAUACUUUACAUUAAAAUGUAAGAGCUGUUUUUUCAUGAUUCUGUUUUAUAGAGUAGUACUUUACUAAAUUGAGAAUUGGAAUAUUAUGCUUUUUAUACCCCAUAUACUUGGUUGUCAUUAGAGAGAGAGCUCUGAUCCAGCUAGAGACAAUUACAUUUAAUUCAUUUCAGACCGUAUUUUUUCUUAACUACAAACCUAAAUUACAUAGGAUUUUAUUUAUGUGUAUUUAUAUGUAAAUGUCAUCAAGUGAAUUGUUUGUCACUGAAGUCUACCAUCAAAUAUUUGUUUAUAUGGGUUAACUAUCUUGCACUAAUUACUACAAAAAGUGUUACUAGAGGCCUUCAAAUCUCAACUGGUAUGUCUCGAUGUCUUGUCAUAAUUAGUAUGCUCUGCUCUUACCAUGGGUUUCCUCUUGCUAUUUUUUUUUUAAUAACAAAAGAUAAUACAACAUGGGAUGGUGUUCUUUUCUUCAAAUACUCACAUUCAUGUGAGAGUGUAUAAUUAAGGAUAUUGUUAUGAGACUUUUUUGAGGGGGGAGAAGGAGGAAGCGAGGGGAAGAAUACAUCAAGUACAUACACUGUAUGAUUUUGUUGCGAAAAAACAAAAUGUGACAAGAGGCCUGACCCAGCAGCGAGGUCGACAAGGGGGAGAAGAUUGAUCAGUUUGUUUCUGGAAUGUUUUAGCCAAGAGGAAGACGUACACCACUGACUCAGUCAUUUUCUGUACGUUUGAAUCAAGCAAGUCACUGAACUUGAAGAGAGUGCAUUUCCGUACCUGGCAGCCUAUGCUUUCCCACAAGUGAUCUUAGUGCAUGCUAUCUUUUUCAGAUUCUCAAACCUCCCCAAGGCAGAGAGGGUGAGGGCAGGAGGAUGUUAAGGGUGUUCGCCUUUGCAUAAGGACACCACUGGGCUUAGGUUUUCAACGAGUGAUUCAGACACAUCUGGUUUGGGGAAAAAAAUAACAUCACUUGCUAAAUUAUUCAGACUUGAUAGUGGUAUUCAUAUUAAUCUUUACUUGCUGUAGUAGUCAAACAUUGCUUCCUCAAUUAAAUCUUCAUUAAUAACCAUAUUAAAUAUGAAAUACCGUAUACUCACUUGCAAUUUCAGUCUGUGUAAUACAGCUGGACCAAAGAAACACAAAGUACUACUGGACAUCUUAAGCGAUAGAGACAUCACUAAUUACUGAAAGGUGUUGUAGUACAAUAUUGUAAUCCAAGAGGUUACAUAUUGAUGUGAACUGUUAUAUCUCCCAGUGAAAGAAUAGUCCGUUUUAUUUGGCAGUGUUAGUUGCAGAAUGAGAAAUUACUUCCAAAAUGAUAAAACCCUCAAGAAAAUGUGCUUGAUGCUUUUCUACGUGGAUAAGACAGCAGAUGCCUUAGAAUAAAGUAGUCAGGCUGCUUCAGAGUUCUAUAAACAGAACAGUAGUGAUGAGUUGAAUAAAUAAAUACCUUCUGUACCUCUGGAAAGUUCCCCCAGACUGCUCUGAACCGUGGUGGUUCAAAACCCCAAGCUUUGAACAACUGUGGGUGUUCCCCUCUGUUCCUUUCCCCCUUCCAUUUUUGUUAAAUGGGAAAUUUCAAGUUUAGAUUUUCAAAAAGAUGUUUUCUCCUUUCCUCUUCAGUAUGCUUCAGUCUCUGUGUACAAGGUGGGAGUUAGUGUGAGUGUUCGUGACUCUUACACUGUGUAUGUGAAAUGCACGUGUGUGUGCAUAUAUAUAUAUACAUAUAUAUAUAUAUAUAUGAUUGCACCAAACAUCUAGUCAGCUGCAUUCUUUUACUGGGGAGACCAUACCCAGUGAAGAGUAAUUUGUAGAGACUACUUGGCUUAACAGGAAGGGUAUUAGGUAAGUAUGUGGUUAUGUCGUUAAGUAUUUAAGCAGAAAUAUGUAUUCUGUUUUAUUAUGUUCUUAAAACUUAUGCCAAAUCUUAUGUGUUCUUACAUGUCUGAUGUCUUGGCUCAAGUGUUGAGCAGGUCUAAGAAUUUGUGUUGCUGAAACUUGCACAGUCACUCUGCAGAUGUGUACGUAGAGCUGCUCUGACUUUGCAAUCCAGUGUACAGUCAGCCUACUGCUUUUCGGUAUGCCUCAGACUAACUCUGCUGCUUGUUCUGUAGCUUCACUUCUUUUAUAAAAGAAACUAACUUUUA